AUGGAACUUCGAUCGGUCACUGACAUGCCUACGGGGUGUAGGUCAAAUGUUUUGGUGGAUGUGAUCACGAAAACGGAUGAUUACAUCGUUUGUCGGGAUGUCCCUUUUGGGUCAAGCUUGGUUGUCCAAUUUGGUGGUCACAUGGACCAAAGAAUGAUGCUCUACCAAGCCACGAAGCUAGGUUGUAAGCAUGACCAACAUGAGAUCUUUGCCUUGGACCCAAAAUAUGAUCCUUUGCCUGUGAACAUCCCCAGGGAAUUGGACUUUCUUUCCUCUCACGACGUCCUGUGUGGGUUGGGUGGUUUCUCGUCCAGUUUCUCUUUUCUUUCGAUGUCUGUGAUCACUGCGGUUGAUUGGAAUUGCCUUGCUUCGGUUUCCUAUCAAAUGAAUCACACCACCUCUUUCCUGUUGGCUGACAUAGAUCACCAUGACACAGUUUAUAAGAUGCACCAGGCACAAAAUGCAGCUGGCUGCCAACCCGUGCUAGCAGCUGGAAUCCCUGUUCGCAGCCGCACUCUGCCUGCUGUCUUAAGGGCAGCAUACUGGUUGAACACAGCUGGAUUGCUGCUGGAGUGCGCUCCAGAGGCUGCUCAUGAUUUCAGCACCCAGGCUGCCAUUCGUGAGUACGCCCAGCUGAGAGGUUGUGACAUCUUCCAAAAAGUUUUGCAUUUGCAUUCGUGUUGGCCAGCCCGUAGAUCACGAUGGAUUGCAUUGAUUGUUCCUAGUAGCCUUGGUUUUUCUGGGUUUGAAGAUUUGCCUGUACUGCAGCCUAUGCCAGUUUUGGGUGAGCUGUUUCCAUAUGAUCCUUGGCCGGUUUGGCCACAAAAGGACGAGCAGCAACUUCAAUGGACCCCCAUUGAAUUGCAAGCCUAUCGUUGUCCCGACUUUGGACCAGUGAAUCGAAAGCUCAACCUUCAAGAGCCAUGUCCGACUGCAUUGCACAGCUGGGGUUCCGUUUUGUAUGCGUGCCCUUGCGGUUGCCGAGACCAGGGCAUCAGCCCAUCCAGCCUGCAACGACAAGGACUCCGUGGAGUUGAGGUUACCUCCGGCUUAUGGCCACAUGCCCCUAGACAUGUUCAUCCGAAAGAACUUCAGCUCAUCAUGGGAUUUCCGCCUUUUGAGAAAACAUUGGAGGAUUGUAGGGCGCAGUUGGUUCUUUUCGGCAAUGCCAUCUCUCCCAUUCAAGGGCUUUGGGUUUAUGCCCAUCUCCUGAAGCAUUGUGGACUCUCACCAUGGGGUAUGACGCCUAGGGAGCUUUUGGUAAGGUACAUGAACAUGUUGCUUGAUCAACGAAACCUGGUUUGGCCUAGCCCUACUGCAGGAGUAGCCACCCUGUCAUUGACUUUCCAAGGUACCACCACUGAGGUGACUUUCAGUACUACUCAGACAGUACGUGACUUGGUGCGUGCCGAGGCACUUCUGCAAAGUGCUGUGCGGGUACAAAUCAGCUGUGAAGGGGUUGUGUUGCCUGAUUGGGCUUUUUUGCAGGAGCGAAGCUAUCACAUGGAAUUGUUCCAAGAGCCAACAAGAUCCGAGGGUCUCCUUGUGCCUGUUGUGCUUGAGCACCUGGGUGUUCGUAUUUUCCAUUUGGUGCCAGAUUGCAUGGCGUGCUCCGUUUUCCUGCGUUGGGCUGGAAUUCCUGACUUUGUGGGUUUGGUGGAUGAAUGUGGUAGCAAGAUUGACCCCAGCGGUAGUCUGCGUCCUUGGCAAACAGUGACUGUGCAGCUGUCACCUGAAGAUUUGGAUUUUGAAUUGAGUCUUCGCCUGAGUGGAUUUGGACUUGAUCAGAUGACAGGCAGGACUGGCAGUCUGCGUGUGUCGGAGUCUUUUUGCGGCACUGGUCUUUGGCACCUAGACCAACUGGUGCGCUCUGAUUUGCUUUUGUCUUGGACUGGUACAAAUUUCGCAUCCCUUACGUGCUGGCUCCCGUCUUUCUCUGCGGCGGUUGUGGAAUUUUGGCCGAGUACCAUGGAAUCACACCUUCUUGAUUGGUUGACCUUGGAUCGUGCCUUGGUGUUUGCCAUCACUUGGGAGUCUUGGGGUUGGAAUUUGGUCAGUUUUGGUUUUGACGCUACCAAGUUGGAGGUCACCUUUUUUGAGCCUGAAAAUGAGACGUCAAGUGUGGCAUCGUACCUUGCUUACCGUGUCAAAAGUGCGGCCAAACGCCCUGCCUAUCUGGAACAUUACUUGCCACUUUGCUUUGAUGCAGGUGACAAGGGUUCUCUUGGACUUGUGCUUGAAGCUGUGGAUUUGGCUUUGGGUCUUCCAUCGUUUGCGGUGUCAGCUUUGCGGGCAGCACGAACAGCCCGCUUCAGCAGGAGUGAGGAUGACACGAUGUCUUUCGAAGCCAGUGUCUCAACCACAGUGCCUUUUGAAGUUCAUGAGCCAAUGCAGUUGCCAGUCCCGGCAGCUGGGCGCACUGUUUCUCGGGGGGUUUGCCAUGGUCUCACUGUGAAAUUUGUGAUGGAUUUUGCACGAGCCUUGGCUCAGCAGGGUCAGCAGCAGAUCACAUCAUCUCAGAUCAAGGUUGUUCUUCUUGGCAGUCAGGCCUGUGACCUUAGUCGGUGCACGUUUCGAAGCUUUGAGCCAACUGAAGCGCCCAUGUGGAUUUUCACACUUGUGGACUUUCAUUGGACAGUGUUGCACUGUUACCGGGAUGGUCAAACUUUGUGCGUCGAACACUUUGAUGGUCUCUGCCAAACAUCCAUUUCUGAUCUCACGUCUGUGGUCCAGGUUUUGCGUUCGGCUUGGAAUACCCAGCAUGUGCAGGUGUCUACUCAGUGGAUUUUUCCUCAGUCUCGUUUGGAUUCCUGUGGAACGGUUGCUUUGGCGCAUUUUGCUUACCAUAUUGGGUCCAUCACGUAUGAGCAGGCAUGUCAUUUUGAGGACUUGCAUGACAGCUUGGCAAUCUGCAGCAGCAUGUUGCAUUUUCAGGGUCCGAUUGGAUUUGGGACUGAAGAAGAGGCCAUCAUCAAAACCCUUGAACAGAUCCUGCCGUCCAAGGGCGUUCCUGACACUGAGGUGCGCAGCAGAGCCCAAGCAGCCAUCAAACUCUUUGGCACAAAGGCCCUGCAGCAAGCCGUGCAGAACAAAAAUGUUUGGGCGUCGUUGAAAAGCCUGGGCAACUCAAAACCCAAGCCAUUUUUGUGGGUGAAACAUCAUGAAUUGCAGCAGCAUAUACAGGACAGGGCCCAGACCAAGUUUGGAGCAGUGGAUCAAAAGAAGCCCGCCAAAAAGGCAAGCCGUAGGGAACCUGUGCUGUCCAGAUAUUUGGAUCCGGCUUCUCUUUUGUUGCCACCGGACUUGUUCAUCACCAAUUGUGGUUCUGUUCUCCCACAACUUCAGCUUGAUGAGGUUCAGAAAGACGCUCGAGGUAUCGCCUUUGCAUCUCCUGAUGCGGUGCAGCAUUUUCUUGCCGAUGGAAAAAUGAUCAGCCAAGAGGGCCUCGCUCUGCUUGUUGUGGGACAGAUGCCUGAGCACACUCCCCUGUCAUUGCCUAUGCAUUCUUUGCGGGUUCCAGCCAUUUACAAGGGAACCAAUGAACCAGUGAUUUUGGAUUGCACUUCCAUUCAGCUAGGUGACCAGGCUGUUUAUCGCAAGACUAGUCAAGAUGCCCCGUCUUUGACUGUUUGUCCAACUCGUGUCUUCCGUGUCCAUGUCUUCAAGGACCUUUGGCAGCAGGAACAUGACUGGGAUGAGUUCCUUGGUCACCCAGUUCGGUCGUUGGUUCAGGCUUUUCCCAUUUUUCGACUUUGCAAAGAUGCUGACUGUGAUCAUCACUGCUCCCUAUUUCAUCCGUCUCUUGAAGAGGAAGGAGUAGAGAGUGGACUUGUUGAUGUGUGGGCUUUUCGUUGGCAUGGUCUUGACGGGUCAAAGCAGCCUCAAGCACAGGCUGAAGUUCUUUCGGUUUAUGUCAGGGUUCCAGAGUCCAGUUUUGACCAGGUCCAUCGAUCCUCAGGUACACAAGGUGUCUUUUUUGAACCCCGCAGCUCUGACUCACCUGGCCCGGACGAUGCUUUUGCGGUCAUUUGGGUUCCACAAAUUGGAUUGAGUGAUGCGCAGCACCGAGUGCGCACCUUGGAUCAUUGUGUUGCUGUCUGCCGGCUUGGACUUAAGUAUGGCAUUCGUUGUUUGGUCAAACACCAAGAAGAGCUGCACAAGACCUUGUGCCCGUCCCGGCCUUUUGUCCAUGUGUCUGUCAAAGCAGUGUAUCGUCUUGAGCCUCUUCCUGCAGGUACACAGCGAACAUCCUUGGUGGAGAUCCUUCGCAGUUUUGGCUGGAAUGCGAAGCCUUUGCAACCAUGCAAAGGCAGCCAGGGUCAAGCAUGGCAGGUUGGGGCGGAAUCAGAGCCCCCAAAGCCCUUUAUUGAGUCCCAGCAGGGUUGGAUAGGAAUUUCAAAGGUCAAGGAUGCAACUCCAGUUGCCAAACCACAAGGCCUGAUUGCCACCAUGCGAACAAAGAAGCACAUUCAGGAGGCGUCAGCCAGUUCCUCCUCAGGCACUGCAGAUCCUUGGCAAACUGGCCCAGACCCAUGGGGAGGCUAUGCCAAGACCACAAAAGCUGCCGCUGUUCCGACACAGCAUGUCCAAAGUAGGUUGGAGGAUGUUGAAUCACGACUUCAUGAACAUGUCAAGCAAACGGUUACCCAGGAAGUUCACCAACUUCCGCAGCAUCCAGCCACUGACCUUCGUCUUACCGCAGUCGAAAGCCAGAUUCAAAGCUUGGUUGAAAACCAGACGAAGCUUGAGCAUUGGGUUCAAGACGGCAGCUCAAAGAUUCAUGGCUUGCAGCAGGAAUGUGGACAGCUUCAAAUGACAGUCCUUUCUCAAGGUCAGACUUUGCAGCAGGUCGCCCAUGAAGUGAGCCAAUGCACCAGCAGCUUGCAGAACGUUUCAACCGAGGUCUCUGGACUUAAGACCGAUUUGGGCAAGCAUCUUGACUCGUACUUCACCAAGCAGCAGGAAGCCAUCGAGGCCAUGCUUGCAAAGAAGGCACGUCACUCGCCUUCAAAUUGGAUUUUUCGUCUUUGGACUUUUUUGAUUUUCUUCUGUGCGCACUUUUGUCGGAUUGGUGAAGCUGCGGUGCCUGGCCCGCCUGAGGGCGUUGACUCUUUUGUUGAUUCCCCUGAGUGGACUUUGCCGGGGAACAUCAGAAGCACUUUGGGAGCACCAGCGGCCUUGCGGCCUGGCUCACAACAGGCUGGGUCAUGGACUGGGGUUCUGAACUUCGGUGAUUGUGCCAUGAGACAAGUUCCUGGUCUUUGGCCUGCCGGCGAAUAUGACAGUGGGCGGGUGCUUUUGACGGCCGCACAUGUUCAUGGAUUUGAACUGGUGAGUGCCACGGUGUAUCUUCCCCCCAAGGGACCAACCUAUCCUCGAGCAGUGGAACUCAGUGAAUCUUUGCUCACCCCAAUCACUGAGGAACUUGUUUUGGGACGUUCUGGGUACCGGGUUAUCCUUGGCGAUAUGAAUUGCCCUGCUGGCUCCUUGCGUCAAAUGCAACUUUGGCAAUCCUGUGGAUGGAUAGAACUGCAGGAUCUGAUGUUCCAGAAGUAUGGCAUUCCAAAGCGGGCUACAUGCAAAAGUGCCACUUCACCUGACCAGAUUUGGCUUUCUCCUGAGGUUGUUCCCUUGGUUCAAAAUGUUGCUUUUUGGAAUAUCUUUCCUGACCAUCAGGUUCUCAUUGCGGGGUUGUUUUUCCCACCUGUCCGUGUUGUGGAACCUCAGUGGCGUCUCCCUGGCCAUAUUCCGUGGGAAAAGGUGCAUCAAGAUCAGUGGAUUUCUUCUCCUGACUGGGGUCCUCUUUUUCAGUCAAACCCGUCACAUGUGGUGCGUGCCGGAUUGGCUACUGUUCCGUCGGGUGAGAUCCCUGGAUCACAGCACUCUGCUACCUUGGACUUUCGGCGAUGGAGUGCGUCAUUUGAAGAGCAGGUUUCCAAAUGUGUGGCCACUUCGGUCGGUCGUCAUGACAGUGCUCCUCGCACCCUGCCUGUCGUUCCUCCCGGUCAGAGCGUUGCACAACUGGUCUUUGAUGACUUUGUUCAAAACUACAGGCACAAUUUGGUUCGUGCUCCCGAGCCUUACCAUGUCACUGACACGGCCACGUGGACUUUGCAGGGCCUUCCAGCUCGGGUCAGAGUUGUUGAUGAUGUUUAUCAAGUUGAAUCGGAUCUUGUCCUUGCCUCGGGUCAGUCCCUUUCUUGUCAUACCAUGACCACAUCUCCUGAAGAGAUUCAUGAUCGACUUCAUCAGCUUUGGUCUCCACGUUGGAAUCGCCAUGCGGAAGUUCCCGAAGCCACCUGGGACGACGUUUGUCGCUACGCUGUUGACACUUUGCCAGCUGGCCAGAUAGAGCUUCCUCCUAUCACUGUCCAAGACUUCAAACGUGCCGUGCAUUCCUUUAAACCCAGAGCGGCCACCGGCCCUUGUGGCUGGACUAGAGCGGAUUUGGCGCACCUUACUGAUGGCCAAAUCCAACAGAUCCUUGAUGGAUAUCAUAUGAUUGAAGCUGGACAUGCCUGGCCUCGUCAAUGGUGCAUUGGGCUUAUACACUGCUUGCAAAAGAAAGACUCCAGUGUCUCAGUUGAUGGGUACCGUCCUAUCACUGUCACCAGCAUCUUUUAUCGACUUUUUGCUGGCAUUCGUGCGGGUCAGAUUUUGUCUCAGCUGGCCAAAGCUGCGGAUGAGAUGCAAUGUGGUUUCAUGCAGGGUCGUCAGGCAUCGGAUGUGUGGUUCUUCAUAGGGGUUUGCUUGGAGCUCUCCACUCACCAGUCUACCCCUGUCCAUGGAAUUGUGGCCGAUCUUGUCGAGGCCUACAACACACUUCCUAGGCGACCUACUUUCAAGUGCCUUGAAGUUCUUGGAGUUCCACAGUGGUUUCUCAAAACAUGGCAAGCACACUUGUCCGUCUUUGAGAGGUUUUUCGUUGUCAAUCGGUGUGUCAGCGAACCCCUGUUGUCAGUGACUGGGUUCCCUGAAGGGUGCCCUUUAGCCUGCGCUGCAAUGACUGCCUUGGACUUCUUUUGGCACUGGGCCAUGCGUUCCCGGGUUCCUCGUGUGCUCCCUGUUAGCUUUGUUGAUAACCUUGAGUUGGUUUGUGACCGUGUUGAUGAUCUGGUGUGUGCGGCCGAAGCUCAAAACCAGUUUUGUUCCCUUUUGGACUUGGAAAUCGACCACCCUCGUCUUUAUGCUUGGGCUUCUACCUAUGCUGGGCGUCGUGAACUCAAAUCAAGGGGGUUUCACAUCAGCCUUGGGGACAGAGACCUUGGAGGUCAAGUCAUAUACUCAAAGCAGUUGCGAAACAAAAUCCUCACGGAUCGGAUCGCCAGUGUCCAACCGUACUUUGGAAAACUGCGCACUGCGCCUUUGCCGGUGAAAGCCAAGAUGCUCAAUAUCAAGCAAGUUUUGUGGCCUCGGGCUCUCCAUGGCAUUGAAGCCGUCGCCUUGGGUUCUACACAUCUUGCAAAACUCAGAUCUGGUGCCAUGAAGGCCUUGCGAUGGGACAGACCUGGUGCUUCGCCUCACAUUCGUUUGGGCUUGCUGCACUAUGACUUGGAUCCUUUUUGGCAACAAACUUGGAGGGUGCUCAAACUUUUCAAACAGCAGUGUUCCAAAAACCCCACUCUGAGGGCUUGGUGGGGUAUUUACUGUGACCAGCUUGCAGGAGCAGACACCAAUGGACCAUUUGGCAAGGUCCAAAGUGAACUCAAUACCUUGGGUCUCCAUAUCGAUGCGGAUGGCAGACUCUGGUUUUCAAACAAUGCGUUUGUGCAGGUUUUUCAGGUUUCUGAGACUUUGUUGCAGAAGGUGCUUUUGAGCCACUUUCAAAACCAUGUCGCUAGUCAGGUGCAGUGUCGUGCUGGCUAUGAAGAUUUGGAGGGCUUUGACUUAGGUCUUACAACAGCCUUUGACGGGCGUUUCCAGCCAGCUGAGGUUGAGCAGCUUAUGAUCGUGCGUGAUGGUGCUUUCUUUACAAACAGUGCCCAGUGUAAGUUUGACUCUCGAAAGACAGCAAUGUGCGACUGGUGCAAGGUGCCUGACACACGGAUGCAUCGAUACACCGUGUGUUCCCGGUAUGAUGCGAUCAGAUCACACCAUGCUAAACUCUUUGCCGAGUGGGAUGAGUUCCCAACCUGUUUCAAGAUCGGAGGCCUUGUGCCUCGCAAUCCAUGGGAAAACCUUGUGUGGGAGGCGCUUUCUGCUCUCCCUGACUUGACGCAGCAGUAUCAGUGCAUGCCCAAAGGAAAGGUGUGGCAUCUGUUUACUGAUGGCAGUUGCGACAAUCCUCUUUCACCUGAUGAUGCUCUGGCUUCUUGGUCUGUGAUUCUGGCCGAUGUGGGACCGAUCAGUGCUGGACCUUUGAGAGGUAUUCAACAGUGUAUCAUGAGAGCUGAAGUGACUGCCAUCCUGAGUGCUGUAGCUUGGGUAGCUAAGUACACGGGUGACUUGCAUCUUUGGGUUGAUAAUCAGAAUGCUGUUGAUCAUUUGCGUGAGUUGUUGCUUGGCACAGGUGACCCGGAAAAAUUUGAACAUUCAGAUCUGUGGCGGCAGAUUGCAACUUUGGUGCAUUUUUCGAUGGCCAACAUCCAUGUCCACAAAGUGGCAAGUCAUGUGGAUGUGCAGGAUAGCACUGGGCCUCUGGAUGAUUUUACCAAAAAAUGGAAUGAUCUUGCCGACUUUCAGGCCAAAUUGGCAAACAACAGUAGACCGCGUUUCUUCCAACAAGUGUGGCAAAAGUAUGUUGAUUACCGCAGUGUUUGGAGGCGUAGGGUUGCUUUGAUUACUGCUUUUCAUAUUGACAUUGCCGCAUUUGACUGUGCAAAGCCCAGCACGGAUGUUUCUGAAGACAGCUGGGAGGAGGAAGUUUCACCGAUUUUGUCAUGUAUAGAUGUUGUUCCCAAUACGGCUACUUUUCAUUUGCCGCUUUUGGCCUUGCGGGACAGCGAAAUUUGGUUGGAAGAUCAAUUUGAUCACCAUUUUGUGACGGUCAGUCAACAGCUGCUCAAUUGGUUGAUUGACCAAGACCAGUCUGUGUCCAGCCAACAUUUGGUUGCGGCUGGAGUUUUGGUUCCUCAGCUGUCGGUACAGUUUGGCCUUUGUCACGAUCUCAGUGUCAGGGCGGUGCAGUUGCGCCCGAUGUGGCUGCAACGUCACAGCGCACAUCAUUUGGUGGGGCACCCAGGGAUGGGGCAUCCAGAGCUGGGGAUGUCGAAUCCAACGGAGAAAGAAAAGGCAGAGAAGGCCUCUACGCCAGCUGCCCCCAAGCCGGAGCCUGUAAAGCCGGUGGAGAAUCCCAUUUUGGACAAGGCAAUCUCCCUUCCCAAGGAGACCAUGCUGCAGCGCUGGCGGCCAAUGGAUAUGGAUGCUUCCGUGCAGGAGUGGCCACGUUUGCCCCAAGAUUACACCGAGGUGGUCGCAUGGAGUGACCUUCAUUCAGAUAUGGGCAAAAACAUGACGCACCUGAGACAGUUGCCUGUUUCAGAGGACACGGUCCUCUUGUUGGCUGGAGAUGUGGCAUCCAGUUUAGAGACCAUCGAAAGCUCCCUCCGUUUGUUGAAGGAGAAAUUCGGAGCUGUGUUCUAUGUGCCUGGAAACCAUGAGUUAUGGGUGAACAAAAAGGAUGGCCUAUCAUCCGUGCACAAAUUCUUGGCGAUCUUGGAGAUUUGCGAGCGGCUGGGUGUCCACACCAGGCCAGCCUUCAUCAGUGCCGACUGUGCAGUUUGUCCGCUCUUCUCUUGGUACAAGGACAAUUUGGUGGACGGCUUCCACCGUUCACUGGCGGAUAUCCCCUUCGACAUGCAGACGCAGUGGCCCUGGGACAUCACUGGCCGUGGAGAUACCAACGAUGCGCAGCAGCCGGAAAUUGCAGAUUUCUUUGCUUCGUUGAACAACCGGCGCGUGUCUGUGGCGCCACCAGGUGCUCUGGAGGCUUUACGGAAGGUGGAAGCUGAUGCCGAAGAAGUGAAGCAGGCCCAAGUGGAAGGUCGAGUGCCGAAGGCGAAGACCAAGGCUGAUCUGGGCCCCUUUGUCAUCACCAUGAGUCAUUUCGUCCCGCGACAGGAAUGCUAUCCAGGUCCACGGCGGCUUUGUGGUGUCAUGGGCUGCAAGGAGAUUGAGCAGCAGGUGCGUCGUUGUGGUUCUCGCUGCCACAUCUUCGGACACUCGCACAUCUCCUGCGACCGCGAGGUGGAUGGUAUUCGCUAUGUGCAGCACCCUCUGGGAUAUCCCAACGACUACCACAGGCAGAACGCGCCAAAGUCCGUCUGGGGCAACUCCAAACACCGCCGCGAAUCGGUGACGCCCAAGGAGCCGGACUCCACGAUUGCCAAGGGCAUUUGGAAGGCCUUUCUGGACGAGAUUCAAGCGUGCAGCGCCAAGUGCCUCACGCGUCCCGAUGGGCGCUGGAACAGCCAGGAGGGGAAUGACACCAUGAGUGGAAACAUCUUUGAUCGCAAGGAAGAGCUGAAGCUUCGGGAAAGCAUGGGCUACGAUGCCAAGAAAAUGGCGGAGCUCUGGAGUGCACCUCCGCCAUUGAAGGAGCUGGAGAUCAAGUUGACGCACUUCCAGCAUGAGAACCAACAGCUGGUGCUCACUGUGGUGAACAACCUCCUGGUUCGACAAUUGAAGGAGCGCAUCGUAGAGGAAGUCGGCAGGGGACAUGUAUCCAAGAUCAUGCUGUCGAUCAGCGGGGAGAACGCACUCAAUGAUGAUGUUGCUCUGAGCUCGUUGGAGAAUGAGAUUCAAGGUGGAUUGAUGGUCAUGGGUAUUGACAUGUCCAAGGGAAAGGAGGUCAAGGUGAAGUUGGUGCAUGCCGCAUCUGACACUCCGCAAAGUUUGACCCUCAGCGUGUUGGACACUUCCACCAUGUUGGAGAUCCGACGCGAGGUGAUGCAGAGGCUGGGAGAAAGCUCUUUGAGCAAGUGCAAACUCGUCCGACGCUUGGCCACGGGUGGUUUUCAGGGCCUGGCGGAUGAUGAACGCCUCAACAAGAAGCGCGAACUUUUGUUCCUUGGUCGUGAUCUUCCGGAGCAGGAAGUGAAGACAACCGUGGCCAGCGAGCCGGAGACUAAGGCAGCGUCACCUCCCAAGAAGGCAGAGGCACCUGCCAAGGCAGCGUCACCUCCCAAGAGGGCCGAGGCCAAGCCCAAGGACGAGCCGCAAAAGUCGUCGUUGGCGAAAGGUACCCAGAAGGCUGAGAGUGCAGUGCCGCGCGAGUUGCAGGUCAAGAUCACCCACCUCCUGGAAGCCGAUCAAGAGAUGCACCUGGGAGUCUCUAGCGACUUUUUGGUGCGGGAAUUGAAGGAACUUAUUGUUGCGGAGCUAGGCCAUGGCCGGCCCAGUGCCAUCAUGCUAAGCUCCAACGGGGACAAUGUACUCCAUGAUCACUUGCCUUUGAACUCCUACGCUAGGGAGAUCGAAGGCGGCUUGUUGAUCACCGGCAUCGAGUUGCAGCCCCGAGAAAAGACGGCAGCGCCGGCGCCGGCGCCGGCGCGAGAGGUGGAGGUGAGGUUGGUCCAUGCGUCCAACGAGGGACAGAGUUUGGUACUGACUGUGAGCGAGACUUGCAAGAUUCUGGAACUGAGAAAAGCCGCGAUGGGUAGGCUAAGUGAAAGCUCUUUGCCCAAUUGCAAGAUCGUGAAGCGUGUUGGUCAAGGUUUUGCCAGCUUGCUGGACAGUGAAAUGUUGAAAGGUCGACGAGAAUUCUUGUUCCUGGGACGAGAUUUACCCAGUGAGAGGAGCGAUGCCGUAGAGAGCAAGGUCAUCUCACUGUCGGAGCAAAACGACCUCCUGCGGCUCUUAAAGGACGUGGAAGAGUCGUUGAAGAGUGACUCCUUUCAGAAAAGCCUCACAAAGAGCAAGACUCCUGCUUCGGAUCCUGCCAAGGCGUGA